GAUGGGAUGUCUGAUCGAAUGCUACCAUCGUCAGACAGUCGAUCACCUCGAUGGUCUGCUGCAGAACGUCCGCUCCUCCAGGAGCUCCUUCGUGCUGAUGAAUUGGAUCCUAAAUACGUAUCUGAGUCCCGAUCUGCUCGGUAAUCCUGAACUUCAAGAAAUGGACCCGAUUAAAGAAGUCGACCUCCUGCUGUUCUCUGAGUUGGCAGAAAAAGCAAAGAUCAAACUGAUAGAAAACGUGAAGAAGGAGGUCAAAUCGUCGCUGGAGAACAUCCUGCAGAACGAUAGAGGCGGAAAAACUGGCAAAGAUGAACUUUAUGUCGACACUAUUCAGUGCAUUCACGCCAUGCCCACAGAAGCUCGCAAAAUCAGCCAGCAACUGUCUUAUUACGUGCAGGAGGCUUGUUUCCAAGAGCUGACGAUGUUUCUGGCAAAUUACACCGCUGAGAAAGCAAAAGAGGAGAAACCAGAAAUUAAAGACUUGUUCAAGACUUUAAUGAACUGCAAAGAACUCAAGCACUACAUCCAGACUACGGACAAGAAAACAUCCCCGUUCAAUGAAGCAGUGGCUCAUCUUGACCGCAUGGAGGCUUUUACUUUGAAACUCCUGAAGGAAAUCGUAGCUGACAUGGCAGAGAACCACCUCAAGAAAUACUUCAAGUCGGACAACAAGGAGUUCUUCCACUUGCUCCACGACGUAAAGAGUCGUUUCUCCGAGCUGCCCGGCUCUAAGGACGUACAAAUGAAAGUGAUGGAGGACUCGUACAAGCUCAUCGCUCACGUUUACCUCAAACAUCUUAUCCAAAGCAGCCGGCGCAAACUGAUGAAGAACUGGAGUCCUGAAGUCGGACUGAGAGUCGCUGAAGAUGCUGAGCUGCUGCAUGAAACCUUCUCAGAGCUGGCUCCUGGUGUCCGAGAGUGGAAUGGCAUGCUGCUGAAAGUCAAAGAGCUGUACGAGGACAAAAGCUUCGAGGCGAUGAAGAUGACAGCUGCUAGCAUACAGAAUGAAUAUCACACAUGGAGCGAGGACCUGAAGCUUCUUCCCGCACUACUAAAAUGGAAGGGUCUUUCUCGACAGAAGAUUAGGGAGGUGGAGAUAGUCCUGGAGGAUGUCUCUGACUAUCAACCCAGAUUUGUACCCGCGUGCUCGUGUUUUACCUCCUGAAGGCUGCGCUGCUCUACAAGAGGAUCAACCGCAACAAGCAAAGAAGACAGAGCUGAUUGUCCAAAAGAUCGAGAACUUUUUCAGAUGUGCUGAAUCCUGUUAAAGCCCACUCUGGUGUCACUUCUCGAAUCUAAUCUAAAGAUAUAGAAACAGACGUGUUACAGAAGGUUUUUAUAAGCUAUGACGGACUAAGUCUGUAGACAAGUAGCGGAUCAUUUAUGAGUUUGUCACUAGUUUACUUUAAGUCUUUAGUCUAAAAUGCUAUGCAUCGGCAGGCGAUGGUUUUUUCCUCUUCAGCUUUGAAGUUACUACACAAAGCUAAAAGGAACAGUGAUAGGGCACGAGCGGAAAAAAAGUCAAUCUCGAUCGAUCAUUCAACAGAUGUGGAGAAUCGGCCCUCUUCCUCCUAGACUGCAUGCAAUAUGUCUGUUUUAUUAUUAUUCUAUAGCUCUAUAGCUCGCUCUGUCAGUCGGUCGAUCAACAAAACUGUUCCCACCCUUUCCACAAUUUCUGCAUUAGGAGGCUGAAAUCUGGCAUGAAGGUCAAGUGUUUGUGAGGGUCUAUCAGAGUCUGUAUAAUAUAUGGACGUAGCCUCCGUUUCGUCACCAAUAGGUUAUUGAAAAGCCGUUUUAAAGCUCAAAAUGAGCGGCUCCGGACCGACGGUAUCUUGACACCGUCUAACUCCACCCAAAUCCAAAAAUGGGCAACGUUGGGGAAAUUGAGGCGGGCCACAGGACGCAGCUGAGCAGCUAGCGACCUGAGACGGCACCCAAAGCGACCACACUCCUAAUAAUGCGUAACAUUAAGCCUUAAUAUGAUUUAAACAGGUGAGUUAUAUAAAAAUUCACCACACGUACAGUUGUCAUGAAUAAGGGAAUUUGAUAUAGAGGAAACCGUUUUUUUUGUUCCAGGCUGUUAACUUGUUUAUUUCCGUUGUAAAGUCGGGCGUUUUAACUCGGGGGUUAAUGGGGAUUGACAGCCUCAAGUGGCCAUUCGAGGAACUGCAGUUUUUGGCACUUCCGCGUAGGCUUCACUGCUCAGCCUCGGAGUUUACCGCUUCGCGUUAAACCGGUCGCAGCUAUUGCGAAUGUUUUCUCGUCGUUGGUUUUGAGCAAAACAUUAAGUGUGUUUUAUAAAAGGGAGCUCUGAUCAAAAGACAAGGACAAAUCAUUUAAAGGCAGUCAGGGGAAACGUUAUUGUUCUGUUACACAAACAAAAUGACUUGAAAUGUCCUGCACUCUUAAAGAUGCUCUGUCUCUCCAUUAUUAUGUUCAUAUUUAUAUAUUAUUUAUUACCUUUUUAAUUUAUUUAUAUGAAUACUUUUACAUUCACUAGCCGACAACCAAUCGAACAACAUCAAACUUCUCUGUUAAAAGCACUUCUGAACUAAAUAUUCUCAAACUUCAAAGCUUCGUUCAGGAGAUAUGCUGUGUACUUGUUAAUGUAUUUAUCUUCCUAUGUUCAUAAAAUCAGGGUAUGAUGUGGGUUUACUGUCAUUUCAGCCUGCUAAACGUUUUAAUAAUGCAUUCCACUGAAACCACAGAUCAUACGUUUUGUGUGAGGUGUACCUUAUUGUCUUUAUUCCCAGUUCAAUGCAACAGUUAAUGCAUUUGAAUGUAUUAAUGUAUACUGUAGGGUACUGUAUUCUUCUGUGGUGGUUAUUAUUGUUUAGAAGCUUAUAGAUCAGGAUACAAGUCUGUUUUAGUCAUGUUUUUUCUGGGUUCUUGUGUACUGGUACUGGGUGCUUUAUGUCUUUUUUUAUUGUAAA